AUGAAAUUUGUAUUGCUCUUAUUUCUAACCAUAUUCGGUAUUAGUAAUGGAAUGCGACUUCAAGCAGUUCGGGCUAAAGGUCAAUUAAAAUGUGGUGAUAAGCCAGCAACAGGUGUAAAAGUUAAGCUGUGGGAUGAAGAUGAUGGACCGGAUCCGGAUGAUGUAUUGGAUGAGAAUGAAACAGAUAGUAAUGGAAAUUUCGAUCUUGAAGGCAGUACUCGAGAAGCGACAAGUAUUGAUCCAGUACUUAAAAUCUAUCAUGAUUGUGAUGAUGGUAUUAAACCUGGUAAAAGAAAAAUUAAGUUACGUAUACCGGAUCAAUACAUUUCUGACGGUUCUACUGCAAGGAAAAUUUUCAAUGCUGGUAUACUAAAUUUGGAAACAAUAUUUCCGAAAGAGGAACGUGACCUAAUAUAA